AUACGCUCCCUUUUCGUCGACGGCUAAGCUGCCAACGCAACGGCUGCCAACGAACUCUGCCAUGGAAUUGCCACAACCUCCUUCUGUGGGCCUGCCAGCUCCCCGAUCAAAAAGGGGCCCCAUGCCACCACCGCCAUGACUGGCUCUCGUCUCUUGAACCUGAUGCUUCUCUAGCCCAGUCGUCCAAGCUGUCUCUCCAGCAAGAUCAGAGCAUUCUUCUUGCUCAUCCUCUGACGUAUCGUACGUCGAGCCGCUCAUUCUAACUUAAGAAAGCCUUCAGCUUCCUUGUCACUCUUUCAUUAUUGUAAAAACAUAUCCAUACCCAUCCAGUCGCUCAUGGCCCCUUCCAUCAUCAGGCUGGGCGCUGCUGCCCUGGCCUACGCCUCGAGCGCGGCCGCCCUCGAAGCCUACCAGCUCAAGGAAUCUUACACGCCGUCCAACUUCUUUGAGAAGUUCAAGUUCUUCAGCGAGUCCGACCCCAACAGGGGAUUCGUCAAGUACCGCAACCAGCAGGACGCCGCCCAGCUCAACCUCACUAAGAUCGGGGACAACGAUGUGACCAUCUCGGUUGACUCGACCAACACUGACCAGGAUGGCCGGAGCAGUGUCAGACUUGAGAGUGUCAACACGUACAGCAAGGGCCUGUUCAUUGCCGACUUUGCUCACUUCCCCAAGCAGGCGUGCGGUGCCUGGCCCGCCUUCUGGAUGGUUGGCCCCACGUGGCCGAGAGAUGGCGAAGUGGACAUCUAUGAGGGCUGGAACUUGAAUCCGAAGAACAAGGUGGUGCUUCACACCGACGACCCAAACCAUGUUGGCUCUUGCGUCAUCCAGCCGGGCGACUUCACCAGCACCAUGGUCUGGGCCAACUGCUGGAACAACGCUCCCGGACAGCCGGGCAACACGGGCUGUGCCGUUGACGAGACGAACGGCCUCCACGGGAAUCCGAAUGGCGGUGUCUACGCCACCGAGUGGCAGGAAGACCGCAUCAGGGUUUGGAGUUGGCCCCAAGACCAGGUGCCCGCGAAUGUCAGGAGCGCAAACCCCGACCCCUCCAAAUGGGGCAAGCCCAGUUUCGCUGCCGGAGGAAAUACAUGCGAUGUCAAGAGGGCCUUCAACAACAUGCGCAUGGUUCUCAACAUCAACUUCUGCGGUGAUGCGGCCGGCGGAACGUGGGGCGAGACGUGCAAGAGCACGACCAAGACGGACGAGUGCUACACUUACGUGCAGUGGCACCCCGAAGCCUUCAAGGAGACGUACUGGAAGAUCCGUGGCAUCAACGUGUACCAGCUCGAGACGGUGACCGUGACCUCGACAUCGACCAGCAGCACUUUGACCUCGACGAGCACUUCGAGCACCUCGACUUCGACGUCGAGCAGCGUUUCCAGCACUAAGACAUCAACCAGCACUUUCAGCACCGAGAUCUCGACCACCACUUCUAGCUCCUCCACCUCGACUAGCGCUUCUAGCACCGAAACCUCGAGCAGCUCUGCCGCCUCGACGGGCUCCUCUAGCACCGAGACCUUGGCCCAGAGCUCGACGACCGCCUCGGAGACUGUGACCCCGUCUUCCUCUACUGAGACUGCCACCGAGACUGAGACAGAGAGCGACUGCCCGGACGAUAUCUCCACCAGCGCCACUGCCACGCAGACCACCAGUUCCUUCCCGGAUGUCACGUCCACGUCGACCAAUUCCUUCCCCGACGUGACGGCCACCACCACCUCAGCGACAAGCUACACGACCUCGACCAUCUUCACGACCUCCACCUUCACCAUCACCUCGUGCGCGCCGGCCGUGACCAACUGCCCGGCCCGCACCGUCACGUCCGUCAUCGCCAUCGGCACGACCGUCUGCCCGGUAACUGAAGCCAGCACCAGCGCCAAGCCAACCACCACCAACCUCCCCUCGGGCUGGACAGUAUCCACUAUCUACACGACCAAAUUCUACACCAUCACCUCGUGCCCGCCCUCCGUCACGACGGGCUGCCCGGGCCGCGAGACAAUGACCGUCAUCCCCAUCGGCACCACUGUUUGCCCCGUCGACUCAAAGGACGCCACCACCACCCUGCGCACGUCCGUCUCUGAGACCACCACUAUCGUCGUGCCCCGUCCGAGUAGCAGCAGCGACGAAGGUGAUAAGACGUCGUCAUCGACGGUGAAGCCGUCCUUUGGUGGUAACUCGUCUGCCGUUCCCAGCCCGUCGUCGAUCGGCUACGGUACUGAGGGCGUCAAGCCCAGCUUUGUUGUUCCGCCCGUCGAGGUGGUGACUACCAGUGCCAGUACUAGCGCGCCCGCGGCCAGCAAGACGACGGGGGCUGUUAAGGUCAGUGGGGCGGGAAAGAACAGGGAGGUCGUUGGUGGGGGGUUGGCGAUGGUGUUUGGUGCGGUUGUUGCGUUGGUGAUGUAAGUUGUUUGAAGGGAGAUAGGAAGUGUGAGAAAUGUUGUUUUGUUUUCUGCUGGGGUUUGUCUUUUAAUAUCCGUUUGGUUCGGUCAGAGUGAUAUAGAAGACAGGAACUUUUCUUGUGUAUCUGUUUAUUAGAAAGCGAUUUGGAUAUCACUCAUAUCAUAACUGUAUGCUUUUUGAUGAUCAUGUUUCUGUCCUCAGGGCCGCCUUAUUGGCUUUAACCCUGCUGUAGCUGCCCUGGAAGAUGCGUGACAUCGAGAUGCCAUGGAAGAGAGGAACAUGAACCCUGUUCUGUAUCCGAGCAUAUGAUGUGCCCGACCAGCUCAGGGGUUCAGGGGUUGUUAACACUUUGUGAUGGCAUCGAUUUCAGGGUUAGGGAAAGCUUACCUUAUCAUCAUCCUACAUCCUGUGAAAAUUUGCGAUUCCCCGGAUUAGUCGGAUGUUGGAUAGAUC